CUAAACUCACCAUAUAAUCCCAAUCGCCGCCCCUUAAUUCAAAACAGUAACACCAGCAGCCCUGCCUGCGCAGCCCUCGACUUUCACCCGCACUGCGUCGAGGUCCUUCAUACUCCUUCCCUUCACCGACGCCGCCGUCGAGUCUUCUCUAGCUUAUCCUGGCGCAGAAGUGCAAGAAUUGUUGAAAUUCGUUCUUUUGGUCUGAUAUAGAAGAGGUUGAAACUAACUUCCUUUCAAAAUUUUCUUGAGAAAAAUCCAAAAUGGCCACCAGAUUUACCGCUCGUCUCAGAUCCCAACUUUUCAAUACUCUCUGCCACAAUCCCCAACUCUUCUUAACUCCGGCUGCCACCCUUAUUAGAUCUCAGCCAAUAUUUUCCUCCUUGUCUGAUUUCCACCCCCAAAUCAAUGGCUAUAAUUCAUUACGAUUCCUCUCCACUGCCCGUCGUCACCCGGCUCGGUCCAACAAGGUUGACAUUGGAGCCCGAGCUCGACAACUACAGAACCGUCGUCUCUGGACCUAUGCAUUGACCUUCAGCUGUAUCGCUGGGUUCAUAGUAAUUGUCCUCAACAAUUUUCAAGAUCAAUUAGUCUUUUAUGUAACUCCAACUGAAGCUCUUGAAAAAUACCAAGCAAACCCGACAAAAACCAAGUUCAGGCUUGGCGGUUUAGUCCUUGAAGGCAGUGUGGCCCAUCCGGCAUCUUCUCCAGAUGUAGAAUUUGUGAUCACUGACUUAAUUACUGAUAUAUUAGUUAGGUAUCAGGGCUCAUUACCCGAUUUGUUUAGAGAGGGUCAUUCAGUGGUUGUAGAGGGUUUCGUCAAGCCAUUUACGGAGGAGAUAAAGAAUUUGAAAUCAAAUAAGAAUGUCUCAGAGAAGGCAAGAAACGGAGAUUGUUAUUUUGCAGCAAUCGAAGUUCUGGCUAAGCAUGAUGAGAAGUAUAUGCCUCCAGAGGUUGCUGCAGCAAUUGAGAAGAAUAAGAAGAUAAUUGAGGAGCAGCAACAGGGAGUUAAAGAAUCAUAGAUCCAAGGUAUGAUUUCAUUGGCUUCAAUUAAUUGAUAUUUGAUUUUUGAAGUACUCAUACAUGUAUUAUUUGGGAAUAGAGUUAUUGUAACUUAAAAUAUAAUGCCCUUAUGCAUCUAUACAGUUUUGGAUGGUUGGGGACUCUGGUAGUUUUAGGUGAAGGAAGAGAUUUCACUUGAGGGUUCUUUUUUUUUCUUUUUUAAAGGUUGUAAUGCCAGUCGUUGGUCUUUUUGUCACUUUUUCAUUCUUUUCCCCAAUAAUUUUGUGAGAAUUCAGAUUUACAUUGUUACAGUGAUGAGUAAAUGCUAUUUAUGAGUAGCAUUUGAUUUUAAAA